CAUGAUGGAAGUCUGAUCCAGCCUCUUGACCACAAAGCUCCUUUUCUCUUCUGCAUUCAGACAGCCUGUCAGACCAUUAUCUCCCAUCUCCUAAAGCUUAGGUUGUGGAGGAUUAAGUUGGCUUUUUGGAUUCAGACUCUGGCAGGCCAGGCUCAGAUGAUCUUUGUCAGGUGUCCCCACUGCCGGUUCCUUCCUUAACUGAGGGCUGAUGCCCCAAAAUCCUCCGGAGAAGAGCCAGGCCUACCCCCGCCAACGCCCUGGGCGCGACACAGGCUGUAAGAUCCCCGAGGCUGCCUCAGCCACAGCCAUGUACACCUUCCUGCCUGACAACUUCUCACCUGUCAAGCCCAAGCCAUCAAAAGAGGUGAAGCCGCUGCUGGGCUCAGCAAUGCUGGGGUUGCUGCUGGUGUUGGCCGCAGUGGUUGCCUGGUGCUACUACAGCGCCUCUCUACGCAAGGCAGAACGGCUGCGGGCAGAGCUGCUGGACCUCAACCUUGGAGGUUUCUCCAUCCGUAACCAGAAGGGUGAGUUGGUCUUCAGCCUGGCCUUCCGCUCUGGUGCACUGGACCUCGACUCCUGCAGCCGCGAUGGUGCCCUGCUGGGCUGCUCUCGCACCGCAGAUGGGCGUCCUCUACACUUCUUCAUCCAGACUGUGCGACCCAAGGACACAGUCAUGUGCUACCGCGUGCGCUGGGAGGAGGCGGCGCCAGGGCGUGCAGUGGAGCAUGCCAUGUUUCUGGGAGACGAGGCGUCGCACUGGUAUGGCGGUGCUGAAAUGAGGACCCAGCAUUGGCCCAUCCGGCUGCAAGGCCAGCAGGAGCCGCAGCCCUUCGUCACCAGCGACGUCUAUUCCUCCGAUGCAGCAUUCGGAGGCAUCCUCGAGCGCUACUGGCUGUCAUCGCGCGCAGCUGCCAUCAAGGUCAACGACUCGGUGCCCUUCCACCUGGGCUGGAACAGUACAGAGCGCUCUCUGAGGCUACAGGCACGCUACAACAAUACGCCCUUCAAGCCAUCAGCCGGCCUUGCCGCUGCUCCAGAGCUCAGCUACCGCGUGUGUGUUGGCUCAGAUGUUACCUCCAUCCACAAGUACAUGGUACGGCGCUAUUUCAACAAGCCGUCGAGGGUACCAGCACCAGAGACCUUCCGAGACCCCAUCUGGUCCACGUGGGUGCUGUACGGGCGCGCGGUGGACCAGGACAAGGUGCAGCGUUUUGCCCAGCAGAUUCGACAGCACCACUUCAACAGCAGCCACCUGGAAAUCGAUGACAUGUACACACCUGCUUAUGGUGACUUCGAUUUCGACGAGGUCAAGUUCCCCAACGCCAGUGACAUGUUCCGCCGCCUGCGCGACGCUGGAUUUCAAGUCACCCUCUGGGUACACCCAUUUGUCAACUACAAUUCAUCAUCGUUUGGAGAGGGCGUGGAGCGAGAGCUGUUCGUGCGUGAACCCACCGGCCGGCUGCCAGCGCUAGUGCGCUGGUGGAAUGGCAUCGGAGCAGUGCUGGACUUUACGCGCCCCGAGGCCCGUGAUUGGUUCCAGGGGCACCUGCGGCAGUUGCGCUCGCGCUAUGAGGUGGCCUCCUUUAAGUUCGACGCGGGUGAGGUCAGUUACUUGCCGCAGGACUUUAGCACCUACAGGUCGCUGCCAGACCCCAACAUAUGGAGCCGGCGGUACACUGAGAUGGCGCUUCCCUUCUUCUCAUUGGCUGAGGUCCGCGUGGGCUACCAGUCACAGAACAUCUCAUGCUUCUUCCGGCUGGUGGACCGUGACUCUGUGUGGGGCUAUGACCUGGGGCUGCGCUCGCUCAUCCCCGCCGUGCUCACCGUCAGCAUGCUGGGCUACCCGUUCAUUCUGCCGGAUAUGGUGGGUGGCAACGUGGUGCCUGAGCGCACAGCGGGUGGCGGCAAUGUGCCAGAGCGCGAGCUCUAUGUGCGCUGGCUGGAGGUGGCCGCUUUCAUGCCCGCUAUGCAAUUUUCAGUCCCGCCCUGGCAAUACGACGCUGAAGUGGUGGCCAUCGCGCACAAGUUCGCAGCACUAAGGGCCUCGCUUGUGGCACCGCUAUUGCUUGAGCUGGCUGGUGAGGUCACUGACACUGGCGACCCCAUCGUGCGCCCCCUCUGGUGGAUCGCUCCGGGCGAUGAGACAGCCCACCGCAUCGACUCGCAGUUCCUCAUUGGGGACACACUGCUGGUGGCGCCAGUAUUGGAGCCAGGCAAGCAGGAACGUGAUGUCUACCUGCCCGCGGGCAAGUGGCGCAGCUAUAAGGGUGAGCUUUUUGACAAGACCCCAGUGCUGCUCACAGAUUAUCCCGUUGACCUGGACGAGGUAGCCUACUUCAUCUGGGCAUCCUGACCCAGCCCAGGACCCGGCAACCCCACAGCUCUAACCCCAAUCUUUAUGCAGGCCUUUUACCCUCAGUCACAACCACCCCCUAAAUCCCUAGGAAGUCCCUACCUCUGUACCACCCGCUAAGUGGGUGCUAACAUAAAUAUGCUCCACUCAACUCCUGUAGGGCCAGAAAAGGAGGCAUUGAAGCAACCUCCCACUCCUAUGCACAGUCCUAACAGCCCCCUUCCCUCCACACUCAACCCUGUCUGCAGAAACCUUUUCCCUGGGGUGGGGGUGAGUGAGCUCAGAGGGAAAAGGUCAGUUCCUGUUACACAUGGUUGGAUUUUAAAAGCACAAAGAGAAACCUCACUCUCCAUUCUGGCCUGAGUGGCCAUCUUGUCCUUCUGAAGUGGGGACUUGAUCCUCUUUCAGGUCCCAAAAUAGCCCCCUGCCACACUUAGAAAGGGUACAUUCUUGGAAUUGGAAGCCAGGCCUUAAGUUCUCAGUACUGGCCUGAACUAUGACUGACCUGGUUCCACCCCAGCUGGUGAGAAGAGACGGGGGUACUUGGUCAACUGACAAGGAGGCCAGAUGUCCCCUCCCAGAAGACAGAAGGACUUGGUUCAGCAUGGUGCCAUCAUCAUCGUCCCUCAUUUGUGAAGAAACUCCUAACACUACACUAACCCAUCUGUGUGCAAAAAUGCACUCAGCACUGCCUGAUGGGCAAAAACUUGCAAGACCAUUCAGUCUA